AGGCGGAUCCUGGCCCCGCCUGCAGGACGACAGCGCCUCCUGUCCGGCCGGUGCCGGCCGUUGCUGCCGCGUCUCCUGCCGGCGGCGUCUCCGUCCUGUGCGGCCGGAUGGUUUGUGGGUGAUACAUCUGCGAGUGCUUCAGAUUUCUCCUACAAGAUGUGUUCCACAAAUCCAGCCAACUGGGUUACCUUUGAUGAUGAACCACUCUUCCAGUCACCUCAGAAACUGGUUCAUAAUCAGAACAGUUGUAAAGCAAAUGGACUGAAACUCAAUCUAUCUACUGUGCAUGAAUCUUCAAGUCGAUCAUCUUCUACAGGUAGCACUCCACUCUCAUCUCCUGUAGUUGACUUCUACCUGAGUCCUGGCCCACCCAGUAACUCUCCACUUACUACACCUACCAGAGAAUACCCAGGCAUCCAGAAGCACGGGAUUCAUGUCCUUUAUCCUAUUCCUGAAUGGCCACCAAAUGCUAACCCUCCAUCACCUGGGGUUUGCUCUUCCCUAGCCUUGCAGAAACCCAGCAGCCUUCUUUUGACUAAUGAUGGUUCAGUUAAGACUUCAGUCUCCAAAUCAGUAGAUGAAGGAAACACUGAUCUGCAGGGAAGCUGUGACAAGUCAGAAGAGUCAUCAGUAGUGGGGCAGUUCCCAUACUUCCAGACCGACUGUGGUUUUUCCAGUCCCUUUUGGAAGGAAGGAUGCUCACUCAGCACAUCACCAGCUGACAUUAAUGUGUACGGGAAGGAUAAAGUGCUUGAUAAAGGCACUUGUCAUUCUAAAGAAAAAGAGAUUUGCCAUGAUCAGAAGAGCCUUAACCAGGGCUCCUUCAGCUACAUCUGUGAGAGGCUUGAACACCUGCAAGCUGAUGGCUCUGAUGCUGUGGGAACUCUGCCCAUCUCCAGUUCUCAUGAAUGGCAUAAAGAUCCCCCAGCUGUUCCUCACAGCCUGUUCAGGAGCCGGAAAGCUGAUGGAUGGCCAUUCAUGCUGAGGAUUCCUGAAAAGAAGAAUAUGAUGUCAUCUCGGCAAUGGGGCCCUAUUUACCUUAGGGUCCUAGCUGGAGGAAUAUUACAGAUGUACUAUGAAAAAGGACUGGAAAAACCUUUCAAAGAAUUCCAGCUUCAGCCACACUGUAAGCUAUCUGAACCCAAAUUGGAGAGCUAUAAUGUUUCAGGAAAAAUUCACACCGUGAAGAUUGAAUGUGUAUCUUACACAGAGAAAAGGAGGUAUCAUCCUAAGGUAGAAGUGAUCCAUGAGCCAGAGGUUGAGCAGAUGUUAAAGCUGGGAACCACAGAUUAUAAUGACUUCACUGAUUUCCUUGUAACAGUUGAAGAAGAGCUUAUGAAGCUUCCUACUACUUCUAAACAAAGGAGAAAUUAUGAAGAGCAAGAAAUGACUCUGGAAAUAGUGGAUAACUUCUGGGGAAAAGUCACUAAGGGAGAAGGAAAGCUUGUAGAAAGUGCUGUUAUCACACAUGUUUACUGUUUGUGUUUUGUGAAUGGAGGUACUGACUGCUUUCUAACUCUAAAUGACCUGGAACUCCAGAAGAGGGAUGAGCGUUACUUUGAGAAGGAGGUGGAGAAGAAAUGGAUCAAUAUUCUUGAUUGCCAUUUCCACAACUGUGUCAAAAUACAGGAAUUUGAGCAAUUGCGAAUUAUCAAGUUUACACCCCCUGAUGCCUGUAGGCUGGAGCUAAUGCGUUUCAGGACACAGUAUCAUGGAGAAGACCUUCCAUUUUCUCUGAAGGCAAUGGUAGUGGUUCAAGGGGCAUAUGUAGAACUUCAGGCUUUUAUAAAUAUGUCUUCAACUGCUCUGAUCCCAACACGGUUGCCCUCUGUGAAAUGCUGUGAAAAUGUUAUGAUACACUUUCCAGUUCCUGCACAGUGGGUUAAAGCACUUUGGACCAUGAACUUGCAAAGGCAGAAGUCCCUAAAAGCAAAAAUGAAUAGAAGAACGUGCCUUGGCUCUUUACAUGAGAUCGAAUCUGAUCCUGUAAUACAAGUCUCAGUUGGAACGGCAAAAUAUGAGAGUGCCUACAGGGCUGUUGUGUGGAAGAUAGACAGGCUUCCAGAUAAGAACUCAAGUGCAGAUCAUCCACACAGCCUGUCCUACAAACUAGAGCUAGGAUCAGACCAGGAAAUACCUUCUGACUGGUAUCCAUUCGCCACUGUGCAGUUCGUCAUUCACGAUACCUGUGCCUCAGGAGCAGAAGUGAAGUCACUGGGCUUAGAGAGUGAUGUGCAGCCCCAGAAGCAUGUGAUUCAGAAAGCUUUUUACCAUUGCCAGGUUGAAAUUGAAAAGAAGUGGAUUACGCUUGAUGGAGAAGAUCCAGAUAAGGCUGGCAACUGCUUAAUGCAGUGAAAGAGAACAGCGGGCAUCAUUGUAGGGUAUUUACACAGGAAAUUCUAUUGUUAGAAACAGCGCAAUGGCCUACUUUCACAUAAAAGAAGUCACUGAAUAUAUUUUUAAGUGCUUUUGAGUUUGAUUCUGCAAAUCAGCACUCAUUCUAUUGGCUUGUGUUCAAGUCACUUUCCUGUCAUGGGAAAACUGAUAUGGGCAAGGUCUGCUUGUAAAGGUUUGCAAGCUAUGAGCACUUCUUUGACUGAUCAUAAUAUAUUUUUUUCCUCUUGCAUAUCUAUGACUUGGGAACAAUCUCAUAUUCCACAUUGAAACCUAACGGCACUACUCAAAGAGUUUGAGCACUUGGACAUAUAAUACUCAGCAAUAAAACCUGCCAGGGCUCUUACAUGCAGACCAGCAUCUGUGUAGGGUCCAGCAGGACCAAUUACAUUUUUUUUAGUGACGCUUGAAAUCCUCCAUCCCCCAUAUUUCUGUUCUCCACAAUUUAUGUGAGCAGAACAAAUUGUAAUAUUAUUCUCUAUGAGAGCUUCGACUAAUGAGUUAGAACCAGGGUGAUUUCAUUGGUAAAAUGGGAAAAGUUCUUCUGCAGUAAUAUUCCUCAUUUUUCUGUGGCAGUGAGCGUUUCCUUCCCAGCACUUCUGUCUGUGUCAGCAUUAGACUUUUUUUUUCCACUGCUGCAGCAAGUGAGGGGGCAGAUCCUCAGCAAGCAUAAAGCAGCCCAGUCCCGUUUCAUUUGAUGAAGCUCUGAUAAUUUACACCAGCAGAGGGCUUUGCCCACAGAUUGAAAAAAAUGGUGACUUGCUACCAAUUGCUCCUUUAGGAUGCAGGGUCCAGAUGUUGCUCUGGAAACUGCAGGAGCUUCUGCGUGAAGGAGCCUCAAGACACAGAGCAUGUCUUCCCAUGCAUGGGAAGUGAGGUUUCACCAUGCCACUGGCUGAAGGCCUUUCUGGAAGGAAACAGUGCAGGAAUAGACUAUUUCAAGGGAAGUGAAGCUGUGUCACUUCACCAAAUAGCUACUAACAUUUUAUUAAUAUAUUAAUGUCCUAUCAUUGUAAUUUAGGAAGAGUUUUUCCACUUCCUUACAGCCUUUAUUCCCUUAAUCAUUUUAUGCAGGCUCUUUUCUCCCACUCGAAGAAAAGAAAUACAGUAAAUUGAAAAAAUAUUCUUAGUAUGUUUUUAUUUUUUCCUAAAGUAAUCCUUACUUGGAACAGACAUGUUUCGAGAACAAAAAUACAGUAAUGCACGAAGUUUCACUUUAUAUUUUUCUACAGCUUGUAACCGUCUAUAUGACCACUGUAAAAAUACAAAAAAAAUGUUAUUCCACCAGAGCAGAAAAAUGUGGGAUAUGCAUUGAGGAAAUUACCAGUCGGAGGAAACAGAAGGCCGUAAUGUGAACGUAGUUCACCACGAUAAACUUUUCUCCCUGUUUGGAAGCUGAGAAUGAGAUGGGUAAUAGAUUCUGUAGUAAGUCCUGGGAGCAGGAUUUUAUGGGUAUUGCACUGCCAAAGCCCCAAAAAGACUAUUAUGCUAUUUUGUCAUCUUUAUAUAUUAUCCCUUUUUAUUGGCAGAUGUGAUAUCAUAAAUCUAAGCAAGCAUCUGAGUACAGUAGGGAUCCAAAAUAUGUCUCAGAUAUUGUGUCAUCCAUUCCUCCUUUGACUUUGGUAGCCAUUGGCAUCUUCAAAUCAUGUCUGUUUUAUUGUAUUCAAAUUUAAUUUUGGUUUAUUACUUCCAAACUGAACUGAGUGUUACAAGCGCAUGCUGGGGCAACACUUUUAUACUUAGCACCAUGGCAGAGCUCAGUGAUUCAUUUAGGUCCAUGGAUAUGCUAGAGCUGCAAAGCUGCAUUAUAAAUUUGCCUUUCCUGGUAAUCAGUCCUAAUUCUAUCUGGUAUGGUGCAAGUGAUCAUUCCGCCUUAUUGAGCUCAUUAACAGAGAUAGGUCAAGCUACAGCUUUAUCCACAUGGCACAAUUGUGAAUUUCCAUCUAAGGCUUGCCAGACUCUCUGUUCACUUUAGCAGGAAUGGGAUCAGGGUCACAGGGAAUCCAUUCCACGGAGAUGGAAUGAAAGAAAGUUACUGUUACAUUCAUAGUUUUCACAACAAGUCUAAGGCUGAAAAACUACCCUCUUCAGUCUCAAACUGAAUCACCUCAAAAGGUGAUUGUAUGCCUUACUGUCAAAACAUUGAAACAUAUAAGGCAGUUAAUGAAAAAAAGUUUGGGUUGACCUUAUUCUACCCAUCAAAUUCUAACUUCCCAUUCUAUAGCAACAAUCUAAAGCAGAAACACUGGCUUCCCUUUUCUGAUAUUUCUUUUGCGUGCUCUGAUACUGUUGAAUAUAACCAGUUGAACAAAUAUUCUCAGUGUUUAACACUUAAUUGCUCACAUUUUCCAUGAAUGCUAUAGUAGCUGAUGGUAAGUAAACAUACUGGUCUUUAUUGUUUAGAAAUCUGGGCAGUAAAUUGUCUAACUGUAUUCUGGGGGGGAGGAAUGAGGUGAAGAACAGUUGCUAUAACAUGUCGAGGUACUCAGUGUCCAGCUGGCAGGGGACUGGAGCUUUACAUAGCCCAUGAGGUAUGCUGGCAUGGUGCAAGGAAGCAGGGUUUGUGUGUAUGCCUGCAGCUAGCACCUGCACUCACUGAAAUUCUUCCAACUGUUCUGCUCUCUUCAGAUGCGUACACUUCACUAAAAUUUACUGCAGGGCAGUAUUUAGAUGUUACCUGUGUUUCUUUCCCAGAGGAGAAGCAGAGCUUGGGAUGUUUUAUAUUUUAAAUGGAAAUCAAUGAGAACAGCUAUUUUUAAAGCAUUUUCUUUAUUUACAAAGUAUUGUAUUUGCUCAAACUGACAAAUGUCUUUGCAUUAAUGUUUCUUAUACUAGUUGUGUUACCGUAGAUAAUACUUGAUAUAAUUUUGGAUACAAAAACACCCAUUGAAGUCAAUGGAAGUCUUUUAACUGACAAAAUGGAAUCUGCAUCAAAGUCUGUAAGAAUAAAGGAGUGGUAAAAAGAAAAAAAAAGACAUGAAUAGUUGUAAUGGGCAGGAAAAGAAAACACUGUAGAAUAUUCUUGAUGCUGGUCAAUAAGCAACCUGCAACGCGUGCUUAUUCCAACCAGAAGAGAGAACAAAAGAGAGGAAAGGAUGCAUAACUGGGUGUCAAAGCUGAAGCCUUGCAGUGACGGGGAAUGAUGCUCUGGCUGCCCCUGGGCAGCAGCUCUUAGAAAUGAGGGUUGUGGUGCACUCCAUUGAAUGUGAUGCCAAGCCACGAUCAUCCUUAUGCUCUGUAUUAAUUGUCCAAAAGUACUCUACAUCUGAAAAUGUAUUUUCACACGUUGUUUCUAGUUGCAUUUAUUUUGUUUGACAGACUUCUUAGCUGCAGUACUGGUGUCCACAUCUCUAUUUCACAUUUAUUUGUCUUUUUGUUGACUAAACACGGUAACUAACUGCUGCAGUUAGUAAUUCUUAGCUGUAAUUUUGAUAACUCUGAAGCAGUGCUGUUAUUCUUAAUGGAAAAUAUAAUUUUAUUUUUGUCAGUUUAACUGUAAAAAGAUCACGCUGAUGAUCUUGUAAUAACGUUUUGUAGAUUGCAUAUUGAUUAAAAAAAUAAAGUUGUAUUUCAAACUUGCCGUUUCUUGUCCCCUCACUAAAAAUUUAUCAAGCUUGUUUUACAUUUACUGUAAUUAACUGGUUGAUCUUGUAGUGGCGAGUACUGCAGUUCAUUAGAAAAAGGAACUGCACUGUGUGUAUGAGUGGGGGAUGUCAUCCUGGUCUCAAAUGAUGCUGGUCGCAGAAAGCUGAACUACAUAUUCUAGUAAUGAUCAUAUACUGCAGGCUUUUUGCCUCAUUCACAUAACAAUAGUAAGCCAAUGAAUACCACGUUUUUUUUCCUAUCCAGUGCUUCUCCAAACUCCCUGGGAUGUUGGAAUAUAACCUAGCGACAAUCAUUGAAGACCUUCAGAAAUUUCAAAGUCUGUUCUUGAAAUGAGCUGCAAUUCAUAGUGAAGUGGUGAAGUCGCAGUGAGGAAAUACAUGAGUAAGGCAGAGAUCUGUGGGGCAGCACUUCAAGGAAUUGCCUUAAAGUAUAAAAUAACCAUGCCACUUAUCCUGUUUAUCAGGUGAAAACAUGUAAACCUUUAUUCCUAGCAUGUGCUACGUUCAGCCAUUUUACAGCUCUUUCAUUAGUAAAAUUAAUAAAAAAGUUAACUGUAAUUUUUUAGAAGAAUCACCUCUUAGCACAGUGGAGUUGGGAAGCCUUGGAGCAGAGCUAUCAUCUUUCUUCAAGAUGAUACAAGAAGGGAGGUUGAGUAUUCAGGAAAGGCAAGGCUUAUCUCAUCCUUAAUUAGGAUUACUUAUGCUGCAUGAGUUUCUGGGUGUUUUAGGGAGCAGAGCUGCAUGCUGCUAUUUGGUGUAAUCAGUCUACCAGGAGUGCCAUUUUUAUACAGCUGUUUUACAGAUCAGAGCUCUUCUUAUGCUCCCCAAUAUCCAGAAAAUUUAUCAUUAAAUUGAAUUCAGGGAAAGUCUUUCCUACAGUUCAGAUAAAGUGAUUUGAAUCAGGUAAAAAACAGGAGAGUCAUCUGAGGAAACAGGAGUCACACAUCAUAAAUGGGAGAGGAACAAAUCACAGGUCCCAGCUUUAUCUGUCUCAGAUCUCCAAAAGAAUGAUGAAGCUCAUAAUAAAACCACACUAUUAAUAAAAUUGGUUAUGAUACCAGAGCACCAUGUCUCUAAAUCAACAACUGAAAACAAAGGCAGCGUGUUAGACAAUAUCUUUAAAAUGAGAUUAUAAUUCUGCCCAUGUCAAGGCUGCUGCAUAAGGACUUCCCAGAUUCUGCAGCCACUUUCUUCUAAGAAUGAUUACUUUUACUUGGCAAGAGGAGCGAGAUGGCAGUUGUAAAAUAAUAACUUAAGAAACAUUCUCAUAGAGCUGCAGUUAUGUUCCUCAAGAGCAGCAAUACUGAUUUUUAACAGCAGAGGGCAUUCUCUACCAAGCUUCUGAGUUCGCCGAGGACAGUGUUUCAAGUGGUAAUGCAUUGGAAAACAGUAUUUUUUAAAAUGAAUAAUAAAGAUUCAUCAUCCGAAAUUAAAUCUUCCCUAGACGUCACGUAUCAAGAGGAGUAUAAAUAAUUACAAAUUAAAACCUGUCCAGUAAAUGAAUGUUUGAGGUGCCCUUAAGCAUCACUAUCCCAAACGCUGACAAAACCCUGAAAAAUCAGGAGGAUCUGAACAGCAUACUAAUCUUUUUGAUAGCCCGGCUUCUAAAACACUUGAGAGCUGUUAAAGAAACUGCAGUGGGGAGGGCUGGACUGAAAGCUGAAUUAAGAUGGAUGAAACGUAGAUACUGUUCCCAACCGCUUUAUGAGAGCUUGGGCAAAAUAUCUGGUGCAUUUCUUCACUUAAGAGUGGGGUUAAAUGUUAAGAAAAUGCAUAAGCAUGAAAAUCAUGACAGGCUUGCAUUUUAUGUUGCAGGACACUGGUACCGUGUUAAGAUCAGCAACAUCAAAAGUAGCUAAUUAGUAUUAAGUACUGCUAUUAUUGGGUGUUUUCAUAGAUUUUCUUAUUCAAAGAUUUAAUUUAAGGAUGUAAUUAACCAGGCUUUUUUUCAUGCUUGCCCAAUGGACACACUGAUCACAGCACUUGAGCGAGAAGGUAUCUCCUCUAGUAAUUUCUCACAGAAAUUUUAUCAGGUAGUUGCCAGACCUCAGGUGAUAACCAAGUGCCUUGAUUAGCAUGCAAUGCCCACUGCAACCUUUCUGUGUGUCUUGGAAAGUUGUAUCCCCACCCUCUAUUUUUACUUUCUCCUAAGCAAUACCUGUAUUCUAUGGGUAGGUGUAGAGUGCUG